CGCGUCUUUUCUCGUCACCGCUGGCUUCUUUGCCUCCCUUACUCCCGCCCUCUCCGAAACAGAGUUGCUCUCCGAGCCACAAAGAAAGAAAACAACAGCCGAGUCCAGUUUAGCUCCGUUACCAGUGCACCCUCAGUAAUCCCCUUUAACUUCUUUUCGUUUCUAAAGCCGGUUUUUUCUUCUUCCUUUUUCUUUGUAUUGAAACUCCUUCUUGUUCGACCAUCAUGUCCAAGAUCCCCCCGCAGGUGCUGUCGGAGGCCAUCCAGGCCGUCCUGAAGGUGGAGAAGGAGCGCAAGUUCAAGGAGAGCGUGGACCUGCAGGUCAACCUCAAGAACUACGACCCCCAGAAGGACAAGCGUUUCUCUGGCUCGCUGAAGCUGCCGAACGUGUGCCGCCCGCGCAUGUCCGUCUGCCUCCUGUGCGACCUCGUGCACGAGGACAUUGCCAAGAAGGAGGGCGUGCCGACGAUGAACCAGGAGGAGCUCAAGAAGCUGAACAAGAACAAGAAGCUGGUGAAGAAGAUGUGCAACCAGUACGACGCCUUCCUGUGCUCGGAGUCGAUCAUCAAGACCGUGCCGCGUCUCGUCGGCCCGCACAUGCAUCGUAUGGGCAAGUUCCCCACCGUGUGCUCCCCGAGCGAGUCCCUCACCGACAAGAUCACCGAACUGCGCGCCACCGUGAAGUUCCAGCUGAAGAAGGUGCUGUGCCUCGGCACCUGCAUCGGCCACUUGGAGAUGACGGAGGACCAGCUCCGCCAGAACAUCACCAUGGCGCUCAACUUCCUCGUGUCGCUGCUGAAGAAGAACUGGCAGAACCUGAAGUCCGCCUACCUGAAGUCGACGAUGGGCAAAUCGCAGCGCAUCUACUAA